CACUUCUACUUGAUAAUAGAUUGCUGCUGUGCACAGCCUACAUUAUGACUUGAUGGGUCCAAUAACACCCAGCUCAUGAUGGGCAGUUCAGGUCUCAUGGUAACUUGGUGACCCAUUGUCAAAUGCUCAGUUUCUUUAAAGCCCAAUUACAGCCAAGAGCUGUCACUCAAAGGGAGGGUAGUUGUCUGCAGAUGAUGAUAGAGCCUUGCUCCCAAAUCCCAAAGGUCUCCUCUGUGGUUCACCUCCAGGGCUGACCAAAGGCUCCAAACAGCAUCCCUAUCUGCCACUGACACCUCAAGUACCAUAGGGUCUGCUGGAUCCUAUGGUCCAUGCAGUAGAACAGCCUGCCCAGCAGCCUGGACCUGUUGAAGAGCCUUCUCUUGUUCCAGGUCUCUCACAAAGCCAGCAGCUUCCCAAGUCAUUUGGUAUUUGGGGCAGAAUAACACACCCAAGUGGGGAAUGGGCUGUCUCCAGAAUCCUAAUGCGCCCACUAAACUUGUGCUUCUGUCUUAAUGAUGGAAGGGACCAGGUACAAUAACUUACCCUUCACCUUGGAAGGAAUAUCUCUGCAUGUCCUACACCGCUGGACUCCUAAGAAUCACACUAAGGUCGCACUGUUUUUCUCUGGCCCCAGUGUGUGGACACCACCACACGCCCUCCAGACCAGCAACGGCUCUUAUGUGUAUGUUCCAGUGUUUCUUCUGUCAGAGAGUCGGACAGAGCCAUAGUUCCGCCAGUGCUGGCCCAGAGCAGAGGGACGAGCGCCCAGCAGACAUGGUGAAAAUGACCAAGUCCAAAACUUUCCAAGCUUAUCUGCCACAUUGUCACAGAACCUACAGCUGUAUCCACUGCAGGGCCCAUCUGGCCAAUCAUGAUGAGCUCAUCUCCAAGUCCUUCCAGGGCAGUCAGGGGCGAGCCUACCUCUUCAACUCCGUGGUGAACGUGGGCUGUGGUCCUGCUGAAGAGAGAGUCCUUCUGACCGGGCUGCAUGCAGUGGCCGACAUCUACUGUGAGAAUUGCAAGACUACGCUCGGGUGGAAAUACGAACAUGCCUUUGAGAGCAGUCAGAAAUACAAAGAAGGAAAAUUUAUUAUUGAACUUGCCCACAUGAUCAAAGACAAUGGCUGGGAGUAGAGCGAAGCCCCGCUCCUGUCUGAAUACAUUUUAUCAACGCUAAGUGUGACGAAGACCUAGCUUCUGGUGGCAAUACUUCUGGAACUUUAACCUCACAGGCCAGCCCAGCUCAACACUUGAAGACCUCUCUAGACUGUUCCUGGGUAAGGGGCCCCCAUCUGAGCCCCUUCGUGUACACUGUUGUUUCUGGAAGUUGGCAUUCUUUUUCUAACUUCUCACAUUCUAGAGAAAGAAUUAAGCAACGCUGA